UUUAUGAUUUUAUCUCCACUUCACCCCACACUUCGCUCGCAGAUGGCUGGUACUUUUUGAAUCCGUCUUGACACCCACGGCAAAUUUGCUGACCGUGUGAGCGUGAGAUCCACGCCCCAUCCACACUCGGCUCCGCCGUUACUCCGCACCGCAUCUACCCACGGUCCUCCUCCUUGGGCUCUAACAUACGGCACCUUCUAAGCCUCUUCUCCAGGGCCCAAAGGAUUGAAGAAAUGGCUGGCGGUGCCGCUGGGGGUUUUUUAAGUCGAGCAUUCGAGUCUAUGGUCAAAGAAUGUUCAGGAAAAAAAUAUCCAGACCUUCAUAAGGCUAUUCAGACUUAUUUAGAUCACGCGAAAGAGGUCAAUCAGACGCAGCAUCCUGAUUCCACUGACACAAAUCAAGCAGCAUCCUUACCUGGAGAUGGCAGUUCCCUUGAAACCGAUGGUGGAGCUGAAAAGACUGGAGGAGAACCUGGUCGCCCACAUACUGCAGAGGAGUUAGAGCCUGUGGGCAGAACUGGAACUAUUACCACUGUCUUAUCUAGAGCUGGGAACACCCUUGAAGGAGCUCAGGCAGAACUUGUUCUGAAUCCACUUCGACUUGCAUUUGAGACUAAGAAUUUGAAAAUCAUAGAACCUGCUUUGGAUUGUCUUCAUAAACUCAUUGCAUAUGAUCAUUUAGAGGGUGAUCCUGGUUUAGAUGGUGGUAGAAAUGCCCCACUGUUUACAGACAUUCUGAACAUGAUUUGCGGUUGUUUUGACAAUUCAUCGUCUGAUAGCACCGUUUUGCAAGUGUUGAAGGUACUUCUUACUGCUGUGGCAUCCUCAAAGUUUAGAGUACAUGGGGAACCUUUGCUGGGUGUUAUCAGAGUAUGCUACAAUAUUGCUCUUAACAGCAAGAGUCCUGUGAACCAAGCAACAUCAAAGGCAAUGUUGACACAGAUGAUGAGCAUCAUAUUCAGGAGAAUGGAAACUGACCCGAUCUGCUCUUCAGCUGGUUCUGCUGGAGAAUCAGAGGCUGUUACAGUGGAGAAUUCAAACACGAACGUUGAUGAGGCAUCCUUGGCAGAUCAAUAUGAGAAAGGAAUGACUUUAGGAGAGGCACUGAACCAGGUCAAAGGGUCCUCUCUUGCGUCUGUCGAGGAACUCCCUAAUCUUACAGGCAAUGUCGAUAUCAAGAGUUUAGAAGCAGUCCUUGACAAAGCUGUGCAUCUUGAAGAUGGUAAAACAAUAACACGAGGGAUUGACCUGGAGAGCAUGAACGUAGUACAACGUGAUGCUUUAUUGGUAUUCCGCACCCUUUGCAAGAUGGGAAUGAAGGAAGACAAUGAUGAUGUUACAACAAAGACAAGAAUCUUGUCUCUUGAGCUUCUACAGGGCUUGUUGGAAGGAGUUAGCUAUUCUUUCACAAAGAACUUCCAUUUUAUUGACUCAGUGAAAGCAUAUCUUUCAUAUGCUUUGUUGCAUGCUUCUGUUUCACAAUCCCCUGUGAUAUUUCAGUAUGCAACUGGAAUUUUCUCAGUGCUUUUGUUGAGAUUCAGGGAAAGUCUUAAAGGUGAAAUUGGCGUCUUGUUUCCCCUAAUAGUUAUAAGAACAUUGGACGGCUUGGAAUCUCUGGUUAACCAAAAACUAAGUGUGCUUAGGAUGCUUGAGAAAAUAUGCAAGGAUCCUCAAAUGCUCGUUGACAUAUUUGUGAACUAUGAUUGUGAUCUUGAGGCACCAAACUUAUUUGAACGCAUGGUUACUACGCUAUCUAAAAUAGCUCAAGGAACUCAAAAUGCUGAUCCAAAUUCAGUUGCCAUGUCACAGACAUCUGUAAAAGGAUCGUCGCUUCAGUGCCUUGUGAAUGUACUUAAAUCACUGGUUGAAUGGGAGAAGCUGUAUAGAGAAUCAGAAAAGCAGAUUAAAGACACUCAGUCUCCGGAAGAAAAGAUUUCUGUUAAAGAAUCUCUUGAGAUUAAAAGCAAGGAAGUUAUCACCAGUAACUUUGAGAAGGCAAAAGCUCACAAAUCUACAAUGGAAGCUGCCAUCUCUGUGUUUAACAGGCAACCAGGAAAGGGCAUAGAGUAUCUGAUAUCAAAUAAGUUGUUGGAGAAUACACCUGCUUCGAUUGCCCAAUUUCUGAGAAGCACUCACAGCUUGGACAAGGCGAUGAUUGGUGAUUAUUUGGGUCACCAUGAAGAGUUUCCUCUUGCUGUGAUGCAUGCUUAUGUAGAUUCCAUGAAGUUUUCUGGAAUGAAGUUUGAUAAUGCAAUCCGUGAAUUUCUUAAAGGAUUCCGUCUUCCAGGGGAAGCUCAAAAGAUAGAUCGCAUUAUGGAAAAAUUUGCAGAAAGGUAUUGUGCAGAUAAUCCCGGUCUUUUCAAAAAUGCAGAUACUGCAUAUGUUCUUGCAUAUGCUGUCAUAAUGCUGAAUACGGAUGCUCAUAAUCCAAUGGUGUGGCCUAAAAUGUCCAAGAUGGAUUUUAUACGUAUGAAUGCCAUGAAUGAUGCAGAAGAAUGUGCCCCUACAGAACUUCUAGAAGAGAUCUAUAAUUCUAUUGUUAAACAGGAGAUUAAAAUGAAAGAUGACUCAGUCGGUAUUGAAAAAAGCAGCAGACAGAGGCCAGAAGGUGAAGAGAGAAUCCGCCUUGUCAGUAUUCUUAAUCUGGCCCUCCCAAGAAGAAAGUCAUCGACAGAUGCAAAGUCUGAGAGUGAAGCUAUUAUUAAGCAAACGCAAGCCAUAUUCCGGAGUCAAGGAGCAAGGAGGGGAGUUUUCCACACUUCACAGCAGAUUGAACUUGUAAGGCCCAUGGUUGAAGCUGUAGGAUGGCCUUUGCUUGCUACUUUUUCCGUUACUAUGGAGGAAGGAGAGAAUAAGCCGAGGGUGAUUCUCUGUAUGGAGGGAUUUAAAGCUGGAAUACAUAUCACACGUGUUCUUGGGAUGGAUACCAUGCGCUAUGCUUUCUUAACAUCUCUGGUCAGAUUUACUUUCUUGCAUGCCCCAAAGGAAAUGCGCAGUAAAAAUGUGGAAGCAUUGCGAACAUUGUUGGCACUUUGUGACUCAGAGACUGACUCCCUUCAAGACACAUGGAAUGCAGUUUUGGAAUGUGUUUCCCGACUUGAAUUUAUCACAUCAACUCCUGGUAUUGCUGCUACUGUCAUGCAUGGAUCAAACCAGAUCUCAAAAGACUCCCUCCUUCAAUCCCUACGAGAAUUGGCUGGAAAACCUGCUGAACAAGUAUUUGUGAAUAGUGUUAAACUGCCCAGUGAUUCUGUCGUGGAGUUCUUCACUGCUCUCUGUGGUGUAUCAGCUGAAGAACUAAAACAAAGUCCAGCUCGAGUUUUCAGCUUGCAAAAACUUGUGGAGAUCAGCUACUACAACAUGGCUCGUAUACGCAUGGUCUGGGCUAGAAUAUGGUCUGUUUUAGCAAAUCACUUUAUUUCAGCUGGGAGCCAUCAUGAUGAGAAAAUUGCUAUGUAUGCCAUAGACUCUUUAAGGCAACUUGGUAUGAAGUAUUUGGAGCGUGCUGAACUUGCCAAUUUCACUUUCCAGAACGAUAUUUUGAAACCAUUUGUUGUCCUUAUGCGAAAUACUCGAAGCGAGUCCAUAAGAAGCCUAAUCGUUGACUGCAUUGUUCAAAUGAUAAAGUCUAAAGUUGGCAGCAUAAAGUCUGGAUGGCGAAGUGUCUUUAUGAUUUUCACAGCUGCUGCAGAUGAUGAAUUGGAAUCAAUUCUUGAAAGAGCAUUUGAAAAUGUUGAACAGGUUAUCUUGGAACACUUUGAUCAAGUAGUUGGAGAUUGUUUUAUGGACUGCGUCAACUGUCUUAUCAGGUUUGCCAAUAAUAAAAGUUCGCACCGUAUAAGCUUGAAGGCUAUUGCACUCCUACGUAUAUGUGAGGACCGUCUGGCAGAGGGCCUCAUACCUGGAGGUGCACUAAAACCCAUUGGUGGUAAUGUGGAUGCAACCUUUGAUGUGACUGAGCAUUAUUGGUUCCCGAUGCUGGCUGGAUUAUCUGAUCUCACAUCAGACCCAAGGCCAGAGGUCAGAAGCUGUGCACUAGAAGUUUUGUUUGAUUUACUGAAUGAGAGAGGGAGCAAAUUCUCUUCAUCAUUUUGGGAGAGCAUCUUCCAUCGAGUCUUGUUUCCUAUUUUUGAUCAUGUAAGACAUGCUGGAAAGGAAAGCUUAAUUUAUUCUGAUGAUGAGUCACUUCGUGAGACCAGCAUCCACUCACUUCAAUUGCUGUGCAACCUUUUCAACAUUUUCUACAAGGAGGUAUGUUUUAUGCUUCCGCCAUUAUUGAGUUUGCUGUUGGAUUGCGCCAAACAGACCGACCAAUCAGUGGUUUCAAUAUCUCUGGGUGCACUGGUGCAUCUUAUAGAAGUUGGAGGACACCAAUUCAGUGAAAGUGACUGGGAUAUGCUGCUGAAAAGCAUAAGAGAUGCUUCAUACACAACACAACCACUUGAGCUGCUCAAUGCUUUAGGUUUUGAUAGUGCUUCCUUGAAGUCUUUUGACAACGAGGAAGUGGAUGGCCAUCAUUUUGAUGGCAGGGAUAAUGGAAAGGGGUCUCUGUUGCCAUCCCUAAGUAAUGGUCAUGAUGGCACUGCAAGGAACCCUAAUGCAACAGUCCCCCUAGAUCACUAUCGAGAAUCAGGUUCACAAGUUAAUGUGGAAGGAUCUGAAGGGCUUGCAUCACCAUCGGGAAGAGCUUUGAAAACUGCUGAUGGAGGCCUCCAACGGAGUCAAACAAUUGGCCAAAGGAUUAUGGGAAAUAUGAUGGACAAUCUCUUUCUCAGAAAUCUUACUUCUAAAUCUAAAAGCCCUGCUUCAGAUGCUUCCGUGCCAUCUUCUCCAGUCCAGGUCCCUGACGCCAUGGAAUCCGAUGUUAAAGAUGAGGUAGAAAGUCCACUAUUGGGAACUGUGCGAGGAAAGUGCAUCACUCAAUUACUGCUGCUUGGAGCAAUUGAUAGUAUCCAGAAGAAAUACUGGAGCAAGUUGAAAGCACCACAAAAGAUUGUUAUAAUGGACAUAUUGCUACCUUUGUUGGAGUUUGCUGCUUCUUAUAAUUCAUAUACCAACCUCAGAACGCGGAUGCACCAAAAUACUGACCUUUGGCCACCUUUGAAUCUUCUGCGCCAGGAAUUAGCAGGAACUUGCAUAUAUCUGGACAUCUUACAGAAAGCAACUUCAGGAGAUGAUAUGAAUGAAGAGAGAUAUCCUAAUAGUCCUGUGGAUGUUGAUACUGCUUCAACUAACAAAUCUAGUACAGAAGAAAAACUUGCAAGAGUAGCUGAGGAGAAAUUGAUAUCUUUCUGUGAACAGGUACUCAGGGAGGCAUCUGAUCUGCAGUCCAGUGUUGGGGAAACUACUAAUAUGGACAUUCAUUGUGUGUUGGAGUUACGUUCUCCAAUUAUUGUUAAGGUUAUUAAAGGCAUGUGCUUUAUGAACAGUCAGAUAUUUCAAAGACACGUGCGAGACUUCUAUCCUUUGCUUACAAAACUUGUAUGCUGUGACCAGAUGGAUGUUCGUGGAGCUCUUGGUGAUCUUUUCAGGACACAAUUGAAAGCUCUCCUGUCAUAGUUUUGUUUUCAGUCACUGUCAAGUUAUUUUUUGAAAUGAUUCUUGGUUAUUGCAAAUAAAAAGGCAGAUCGUCUCAUUGUUCAGCUGACUUUUUUCCCUAUAUUGAAAACUUGAUAUGCUCCUACAAAAAUUAUAUUUCCUCUCGCUGUGUUUUGGUGGAAAGAGGAGGGAGACAAAUGAUAUUUCCUUCUUAAUGAAGGCUUUGGUGUUUGCAGUUGUAUUAUAUUGCUGAUCCUAGAAACAUUAGUAAAAAAGUAGUACCUGAGGGAUUUCUCGAUUUGUUUAGUUAU